AAAAAGGAAGUAAAUUGACAUCAUUUCCGGUGACGGUAACCCUAAUGGUGCACUCCGGUGUUUUCAGCUUCAGAACGACAUGAGAUUUAACAAUCUUCAAAGUAGCUAGUUAUCAUGAACAGGUAUAGGACGGUUACAUUGGCUUGUAAUAAUGAUGUUAUAAGGACAUGUAGUAAAGCGGCAAUUCGCUCAGGGAAAACAGGCAGUAUUUGUCACAUAUCAAGGGGAGUAGCAUCCUUGCUCACGCGAGCACAUGCUUCUGUCCCGAGACGAGAGGAACCACCACCAGUGUCUGACUCUGACAAGAGACUGAAUCUGAGAGCCAUCGACCUUGCACGCAAAAUUCGCCAGGAGAAACAGAAAGGAAAUGCAACUGGUGGUGGGUCAGACGCGGCUGUCCUUAAUCCGUCGGUGCCAGUGUCCCAACUGCAAAAGAGGGUCAUCGAGCUGCGACAGUUCACUCAGCAGCUACAGAAUGUUCACCCCAACGUUCUUGCAAAGCACCUUCACAGAGGUCUGAUCCUCCCACAUCCAGAGCUCGCCGUCGUUAAUAAACCCUAUGGAGUUUCUGUUCAAGAUGGGUCAAGCAACAAAAACAACAUCUCAGACGUGCUUCCAAUCCUUGCCAAGAUGGUGGAUGGAAUAAGGGCUGGGUCUCGGCUGCACGUCUGCCUUGGAUUAGACAAGGAGACGACAGGGACCCUCCUGCUGGCAAGGACUGAGGAAGCACUGGACUAUGUACAAAAUCUUCACAAAAACCACCAAGUGGAAAGGAAAUAUUGGGUUGUUGUUGUGGGCGUGCCUGUUCCCUCUGAGGGAGUGAUUGACAUUCCCGUCAUAGAGAAAGAGGUCACAGGGGCUCAGCCGCACUUCAAGAUGGGCCUGAGUCCUGUGUACAGGGUGAGUGACGGGGGUGAGGGAGUGACCAAAGUGCGGGCCAAUCGGCAGGCCCAGGGUGCCGUGACUCAGUACCGUGUCCUGGACAGCAGCAACGGCUGCAGCCUGGUCGAGCUCCAGCCUAUCACAGGGGUGAAGCACCAGUUGAGGGUCCAUAUGGCAUACGCUCUGGGAUCUCCUAUCCUUGGAGACCACAAAUACUCCCACUGGACCAAACUGGCACCUCAGAAACUGCCAGAUGGAGUGUUGCAGAGGCUGGGACUUGAACAGAGCAAGGCGCGUUAUCUGCCUCUCCACCUGCAUGCCCGUCAGCUGACACUGCCAGAGUUCAAAGGUCAGAGUGACAUUACGGUGUCUUGCCCCCUGCCAAAGUAUUUCACCAGCACUUUGCGACGACUGCAGAUCCCGAUUCCAGAUGAAUGAUGCUUCAGCACAGUGCAGACAGGAUACAGAAGACUUGCUUCUUGCUUAUGAAAUAUGGUGCAGCAUCACUUCAAGGGACCCUUGGCCUAAUGGUUUAAGUUUGUACCUGGACUGGGAAUUAACUGUGUGUGUGGCAAAUAAAAUAAAACCAUUUUUUCCCUAA